AUGGCCAGACCGACGAUCACCCCCACCGGUCACGAACGCACGUUUCACGAAGAUGAAAUCAUCGUCAGCAAGACCGACCUGAAGGGCAUCAUCACCUACGCGAACCUUGUGUUUCAGCGAGUCUCAGGCUUUACAGAACAGGAACUGCUCGGCAAGCCGCACAAUAUCAUCCGUCAUCCGGACAUGCCCCGCUGCGUGUUUAAGUUGCUGUGGGACACCAUCGCCCAAGGCAAUGAGAUCUUCGCCUACGUGGUGAACCUCAGCAAAAACGGCGAUCACUAUUGGGUCUUCGCCCACGUCACGCCCAGCUUCGAUAAUCAGGGGAACAUCACGGGCUAUCACUCGAGCCGUCGCGUGCCAGAAAAGGCGGCCGUCGACCAGGUGGUCCCCAUCUACAAAAUGCUGCUCGAAAAGGAAGCCUCGUACGCCAACUGGCGCGACGGCAUGCAAGCGGCGACCGAAACCCUAUUGGAACACCUCGACCAGGCAACCCUCACUCGCGAAGCUCCUGCACAAGAAGCUGCCACAACGGCCGCCAACAACCGGCUUCAGCAAGAGCACGAACAUCAACAGCAGUGGCUGCAGAAAGCCGCCUCCGUUUGCGAUCAGGCAGCUCGCGGCAACCUGGAGGUACGCCUGCUCGACCUCGACGUGCCGGCUGACUCCGACCUUGGUCGGAUUCUCAACGGAAUCAACUCGCUGCUCGACUACACCGACGCUUUCGUCCGCGAAGCGAAAGCUGUGCUCGAUUACGCUGCCCAAGAAAAGUUCUACCGCCGUGUUGCCCUGCGGGGCAUGACCGGAACUUUCCGCCAGGCCGCCGAGUUGAUUAACGCUGCCUCGGAAGAGAUGCAGCAGAAAUCUGAAAAGAUCGAAAACGCACAGACCCAACGCCUGGCGAUGGCCGAUUCGUUCGAAGCCACCGUCAAAAAGGUGACCGACUCAGUAGCCAGCACGGCCGAACAGUUGCAACAGACCUCGACGGCUCUCUCCGAAACUGCACGAUUGACCUCCGAGCAGUCGAAUGCAGCCAUGGAUAUGUCGGCCCAAUCGGUUGAAAACGUCCGGCACGUCGCCCAAUCGACCGAUGAACUACAGAACUCGGUGUCCACGAUCGACCUCCGCGUUCAAGAGUCGACCGAGAUCGUCCGCAGGGCCGUUUCCGAAGUCGACCAGGCGACCGAGAUCAUGGCCGAGCUGGAUAAGUCAUCGACGAACAUCGACGCUGUGGUGGAAACGAUCGCUGAAAUCACCAAGCAAACACAAUUGCUGUCACUCAACGCUGCCAUCGAAGCCGCACGAGCCGGAGAGGCCGGCCGAGGUUUCUCCAUCGUGGCGGCCGAAGUCCGCAAGCUGGCCGAACGCACCCGCGAAGCGACCAAGCAAGUUCAAAACGACAUCAGCUUGAUUCAAUCGUCGACCGCCAACGCGGUGAGUUCGAUCAGUCAAUUCCGCAACACGGUUGGUGAGAUCAACGGCACCAGCGAUUCGAUCGCCGGCCUGGUGAGCGAGCAGCGCGAGGCGACCGCCAACAUUCACGCCAAUGUCACCGAGGUGACCCUGCGCAGUGAAAGCGUGAACGACAGUAUCCAGCAAGCCUCGACCGCGGCGAACGAAACCACCGACGCCACGGCGCAGUUGCUCGAAUCGUCGGGCGAACUCUCCGCUCAGGCGAAGAUGCUCUCCGAAGGUGUCGAAGAAAUGCUGCAGGCCAUUCGCUCGCAAGAGUAG